AUGUCCGCAAAGAGCAUCUUGGAGGCCGAUGGCAAGGCCAUUCUCAACUACCACUUGACCAGGGCUCCCGUGAUCAAGCCGAGCCCGCUGCCGCCUCCGACCAAACACAACCCGCCUCCCAGGCUUGCUUCAAUCCACUUCCCUGAAGAUGCCGACGUCAACGCCGUUCUCGAUCAGGCCGAGAUCACAUACCCCUGGCUUCUGCACACCGGCGCCAAGUUCGUUGCAAAGCCAGACCAGCUCAUCAAGCGUCGCGGCAAGAGCGGUCUUCUCGCCCUCAACAAGACCUGGCCCGAGGCUAGGGCGUGGGUUGCUGAGCGUGCAGGCAAGGUGCAAAAGGUCGAGCACACUGAAGGUGUUCUCCGGCAAUUCCUCGUCGAGCCUUUCGUGCCGCACCCUCAAGAAACCGAAUAUUACAUCAAUAUCAAUUCGGUUCGCGAUGGCGAUUGGAUUCUCUUUACUCAUGAGGGCGGUGUUGAUGUCGGCGAUGUCGACUCCAAAGCGGAGAAGCUUCUUAUCCCUGUCGACCUUUCAGAAUAUCCAUCAAACGAGGAGAUUGCUGCCACUCUCUUGAAGAAGGUCCCUAAGGGCGUGCACAACGUCCUUGUUGAUUUCAUUACACGUCUCUACGCAGUCUAUGUGGACUGCCAGUUCACAUACCUGGAGAUCAACCCCUUGGUCGUCAUCCCCAACGAGGAUGCCACCUCCGCAUCGGUGCACUUCCUUGAUCUGGCCGCCAAGCUGGAUCAGACAGCAGACUUUGAGUGCGGCGUGAAGUGGGCUAUUGCGAGGUCGCCGGCAGCUCUGGGAAUCACCGCGCCGACAACUACCAACGGCACUGUCAACAUUGAUGCUGGCCCGCCGAUUGAGUUCCCGGCGCCCUUCGGCCGCGAGCUCUCCAAGGAGGAGGCUUACAUCGCCGAGUUGGAUGCCAAGACUGGAGCGUCGCUGAAGCUGACGGUCCUGAACCCAAAUGGCAGGAUCUGGACACUGGUCGCUGGCGGUGGUGCCUCGGUCGUCUAUGCUGAUGCUAUCGCGUCGGCCGGGUUCGCUGAUGAGCUCGCGAACUACGGCGAGUACUCCGGUGCCCCCACGGAGUCUCAGACAUACCACUACGCCCGGACCGUGCUGGACCUGAUGCUGCGGGCGCCGAUGAACCCCAAAGGCAAAGUCCUCUUCAUCGGUGGUGGUAUCGCCAAUUUCACCAACGUUGCCAGCACCUUCAAGGGUGUCAUCAAGGCCCUGCGCGAGUAUGCUGUGACUCUCAACGAGCACAAUGUCCAAAUCUGGGUGCGCCGCGCCGGUCCCAACUACCAGGAAGGUCUCAAGAACAUGAAGGCGGCGACGCAGGAGCUGGGUCUGAACGCCAAGAUCUUUGGGCCGGAGAUGCACGUCAGCGGCAUUGUGCCUCUGGCGUUGAUUCCUGGCAAAUGGGAGGAGAGCAAGGCUGAGGAGUUCAAAGGUUAAACGGAGGCCCAUGAUGCGGAGUUACAUUGAUUGGCUCUCGCUUUACUGUCUGCUUUUCUGUGAAACCCCAUACUUAAGUCCCAUGGGGAGGAAUGGACCCCCAAUAGAGAAUAUAAUACAUGAGAUGCCUAGCAUUAUACUCGCUAUCAAGGUUGUUACAUCUUUUCAAGGCUUGAAACUUCGUUUCGCGUGUCUCGAGCAUCAUAAGUACCAUUUACACCCCUUGCUAUGACCUAAGUCCUGCAAGGGCAAGCAUGACGCGCAAUACCCCAGUUACGAAGACGCGAACAAAGUAGGAAUUGGGAGAUAAAUGGAGGAGGCGGUAUCAUACAUACAUCCAAUAUAUACAG